AUGGCGGAGGUAAUUUCUAUGAUUUUCGAGGUUACUGCUUUCAUGUACCACUCCCAUCCAGGCUGGUUCUUCGGCAACCCCGCUAACUGGCCGUUUGACCAUUGGAUCCACCAGAGCCCAACCAAUGUUGGCUUUCUGGACCAGAUCCAGGCUUUGAAAUGGAUAAGCCAGUAUAUUGAUACAUUUCGUGGGGAUCCCACGAAGGUGACUAUCAAUGGGGAGAGCGCUGGGGGAUCUGCGGUGGAGCUGCAUCUAAUUGCAAAUGAAGGGGGUAAGCCGCUGUUCUCUGGUGCCAUUGCCCAGAGUGUUUACCGAUUCCCAUUGGUGCCGCCUGAGCAGACUGUCGGUAACUUCGACUUCUACGCCAACUUCUCCAGAUGUGGCAGUGGUAGCCUGGCGGAGCAGAUGGCCUGCCUGCGGAAUGCGAGCGUCAGUACAUUGGCACGUGCCCAAGACGCCGUUAUGUACAACUACACCGGGUCCUACAGGGGAUCCCGCCCUGUACUAGACGGAACCGUCUUCACCGACUAUCCCAGGCGGUUGUUCCGCAGUGGGCAAUUCAAGAAGGUCCCCGUGAUUGUUGGUGCUGUCUCCAACGAGACGUUGGCAAACGGCGCCUCCAUACCCGAGGCCUUGAAGUCUUACUUCCCCGAGCUCACCGACGCAGAGAUUGAUGACCUCGUCGCACUAUACCCUGCAUCGGACUUCGUGUCUACAGACUAA